CCACGGCCCCAAGUUCCAGCAAUGACGUUAAACCGUUCGAAGGCGAAUCAACUCACUGCCUACGUUAUUCACAGUUAUCGCUCUGUGCAACUCGUGGAUAAUCAUGGGCAUCGAGGCUCUACAUUACUACAUUAUCGUAGCUAAUGACAGUUAGAUAGAGUUGGCUUUCAUGCUUAGUUAUUGACAUACUACACUUCUAUAUAGUCUUGAUUGAGGACGUGCGUGCACGUGUUGACAUGGAUGGAGCGCCUAAAAUCAAGCAAAAAAAGAUCGAGCAACAGAACAUAUGAUAUUACAUUUUAACAGACUAUAUAUACCAUAUACAUAUGUGUGUGUGUGUGUGUGUGUGUGUGUGUGUAUUACGCUCCAUUAGCUGCCGGCGUGUUCGAUGGAGGAAUCAAGGCCGCGAGCAAUGUCGGCUUCGCCAUGGCUGUUCCUGCUUCUUCUCUGUGUUUCUUGCGCUACCGGCGUGUUCCAAGCUGGCGCCCAGCCUGACAACAAAGGAUUUAUAACUAUAGAUUGCGGUCUCUCAGAGGAGACAGGCUACGAGCAUAACACCACCAAGCUGUGGAACGCCCCGGAUGCUGCCUUCACCGAUGCGGGCACGAAUCACAUCAUCUCACCCGAGUACGUCGUUGUGUCCAUGGCCAAGAUCUGGUACAGCUUGCGCAGCUUCGCAACCGGCAUGCGAAACUGCUACACACUCCGCUCCCUCAUGCCCGGACUCAAGUACAUGAUCCGGGCCAGGUUCAUGUACGGCAACUACGACGGCCUUGACCAGCCGCCAGUGUUCGACCUCCAUAUCGGCGUCAACUACUGGCAGACCGUGAACAUCUCGGGGCCCAAGGCACCGUACUUAGUGGAGGCUAUCGUCAUCGUGCCGGACGAUUUCGUGCAAGUCUGCCUGAUUAACACCGGCGACGGGACGCCCAUCAUCUCUGGUCUGGACCUGAGGCCACUGAAGAGGACGCUCUACCCACAUGCAACUGCAACGCAGGGUCUAGUCCUGGUUGACAGGCGUAACUUCGGCCCGACCGACGCCAACGCCGUUGUGAGGUAUCCCCACGAUCCACAUGACCGGCUAUGGUGGCCUAAGUUCGACGGGAUAACCUGGGCUAACAUAUCGACAACAGAGAAGGUGGAGAAUAGAGAAGACGACCCAUUCGAGGUGCCCACAGCGGUGAUGCAGACGGCGAUCAUCCCUCAGAACGCCUCCCAAAACAUAGAGUUCUCAUUGUACCCCGAGUUCACCCCUAAAGAUCCCUCGCCGGGGUACAUCGCCAUCUUGCACUUCUCCGGGCUGCAGCGCCUCCCCAGCAAUGCUCUGCAAGAGUUCUAUGUCAACGUCAACGGCGAGCAGUUGUCUAGCCUCAGCUUCAUGCCGUACUACCUCUUCGCCGUCGCCACCUACAACAGCCUCCCCUCCCAGUCCGGGCGCAGCAGCUGCAGUAUCACCAUCAAUGCCACUGCCAAGUCCACGCUGCCGCCGACCAUCAACGCAGUCGAGGCGUUCUCAGUCUUCCCUACCACCAACGUUGGCACAGUCUCCCAGGACGUAUCAGCCAUCACCAAGAUCAAGGCAAAAUAUCAGGUCAGGAAGAACUGGGUGGGUGACCCAUGCGUUCCAAAUACCAUGACGUGGGAUGGGUUGACCUGCAACUAUGGUAUUGCCAGCCGCCCUCCAAAGAUCAUAAGCGUAAACCUGUCCUCCGGUGGCAUCGGUGGUGAUAUAUCGGCUUCGUUUGCAGAUCUCAAAGCUGUUAAAUACUUGUAUCUUUCAAACAAUAACUUGACGGGCUCAAUCCCAGAUGCCCUUUCGCAGUUGACUUCAUUGACUGUUCUGGAUCUAUCAGCCAACCAGCUCAGUGGAUCCAUUCCCUCUGGGCUUCUCAAAAGAGUUCAAGAUGGCUCCCUGAUUCUAAGAUAUGGUGACAAUCCAAACUUGUGUACCAACGGCAAUUCAUGCCAGCCUGCUAAAAGUACGAGGAGUAGCACGUUGGCCAUUUACAUUGCAGUUCCUGUGGCUGUGAUUCUGGUGAUAGUAUUGGUGGUACUACUUUGUUGUUUUUUAAGACGGAAAAAGUCAGGAUCCGUGAGCAACUCCGUGAAGCCACAAAAUGAGAUGACGAUGAGCUAUGCGAUGGUAAACGAUGUUUGUGCUGACAGUUCGUUGCGACUCGAGAGUCGCCGGUUCACGUACAAGGAGCUUCAGAUGAUAACAAACAACUUCCAGCGAGUGCUUGGUCGGGGAGGGUUUGGGUACGUCUACGACGGCUUCUUGGAGGACAGAACCCAGGUAGCAGUGAAGUUGCGGUCGCAUUCUUCCAAUCAAGGAGUUAAGGAGUUCCUCGCGGAGGCUCAAAUUUUGUCCCGAAUUCAUCACAAGAAUCUUGUCUCCAUGAUAGGCUACUGCAAGGAUGGGGAGUACACGGCACUCGUCUAUGAGUACAUGUCUGAAGGAACACUGCAAGAGCACAUUGAAGGUAUGCGAAAUGGAGCAUGUUUGACUUGGACACAGAGACUCCGCAUCGCACUGGAAUCUGCACAAGGGCUAGAGUACCUACACAAGGGGUGCUACCCGGCCCUCAUCCACAGAGAUGUGAAGGCAACCAACAUCCUAUUGAACGCAAAGAUGGAGGCUAGGAUUGCUGACUUUGGCUUAUCCAAGGCCUUCAGCAAUGAGAAUGAAACCCACGUUUCCACGAACACACUUGUUGGCACACCCGGAUAUGUUGAUCCAGAGUACCAGGCGACGAUGCAGCCAACAGCAAAGAGUGACGUGUAUAGCUUUGGUGUCGUACUGCUGGAGCUAGUCACAGGAAAGCCAGCCAUCCUACAGGAGGCGGUGCCCGUCAACAUAAUCCAGUGGGUGCGCCAGCGACUAGCGCGGGGUAACAUUGAGGGUGUGGUGGACGAACGCAUGCGUGGUGGUUACGAUGUCAAUGGGGUGUGGAAGGUUGCGGACAUCGCACUCAAGUGCACUGCGCAAGCCUCGGUGCAGCGUCCCACCAUGACCCACGUGGUGGCACAAUUGCAGGAAUGUGUCGAGCUAGAGAAUGGGCGUGUUGGAGGCAACACAAACAACGGCUUCCACAGCGGUAGCAGCGACGACGACCCGAACUUGAGUUAUGAUGCCUACACCACUGAUCGGUCCACGAGUGUGAACCAGAACAGCACUACAUUUGAGAUGGAGCAUAAUGUUAUCAGGGUGCCAACAAUGUCUACUGGUCCUGCUGCACGUUGAUACUUUUGUGUCAUUGCUAGUCAGUUCUAAAGGCGGCCAUCAAUUCUAUUGUUUUUUCUCCUUGAAGUGGUAUGUGUGUGAUUUCUAAACAUGUUAGAGUUUUCGGAAGUGAGCCCGCAUGUAAAAUUGUUCAUUAGACAUCUGAAGUGUGCUGUUUAUAAAGUUUAAACUUUGAAGGAAGACGUCGGGGUAGAUGCUUAUUGUUUGCUCCCCUUUUGCUUGGUACAACUUGCUUCUGCUCAGUUUUGGAGGGAAAGAGGGAACACAUCUUCUCAGGUUACAGCCUAGUGGUUCAAGUUAUUCUGUUGAAACUCUUCAGCUCCUAGAAGAUUUCAGUUUAAAUGUAAAAGGCUCAGAUUUGUUAUUUUUGUGAACUAAGCAGACUGAGUUGUUUCCUUCCUUCCUCUCUUCACAACAGAGUAGCGGCAGAAAUAGUACGGAGUAGCAGCAGGAAGUAGUACUGAGCAGACUGAAGUGACCUACUGAAUAUGCCUAGUGGUUCAAGUUAAUCUGUUGAAAUUCUUCAGUUCCUAUGACAGUCAGCAUGAACAC